UUUUUUUUUCCUCUUAUCGCUCGCGGAUUCGUGACAGCUGUCAAAGAUGCGCACCGCUCGUGCUCUCUCGCGGCCCCGUCUUCCGCUCCGCGGAGCGACAUCGUACGCUGGCGAUAAGCGCGUAGACGUGUGUACGUGCGUGAUCGCGAUGCCACGCGGGACCUGCCCCUAGAUGCACCGUAUACAUCGUCGACCUACGCCGAUUGCACGAGAGAGGAUAACCUUCCGGUCCCCUUCGUCGUCCGCGAGAGAGGAGCGAGACCCUUGUGUUGCCACGUUGUACACGUAGCCGCAGCGAAACGCAGCAAAAUCGCUCUCUCGCCCGUCGCCGGACCACCGCCAUGGCGUGCGUGCUGCAGAACCAGGACAACGUACACCUGAAGAUAAAGUCGACCAACACGGUGGGCGGGAUCACGUAUUACAACAUCGAGGUUACGGUCGGGUCGGUCAAGUGGGAUGUCGUACGCAGGUACAGCACGUUUGCGGCACUGCACGAUGACUGUGUCUCCAAGUAUUGCGUUGAGAAAGACAUUUUGCCACCGAAGAAGCUCAUAGGCAACAAGUGCGAGGCCUUCGUGGAGAAGCGCAGGCAGAAUCUCGAGGUGUACCUCAACGCCCUUUAUAAUUACCUGAAGAAAGCAAUGCCCCAGGAACUGGUCGUAUUUCUGAACCUAGAUGAUUACGACAUAUAUUACAUGAUGCAAAAACUGGCGUAUGAGUUUUAUGCAAUGUGCAACAACAAAUCAUCUUAUACGUUCAAUCCAGUAGAGCUGUACGCAAUCAGCGAAAGAUUGAAGCAGCCGUGCCCUUUGUUCGAAGUUGUGGAAAAAUCGUGUAACUUCGGUGACGUUUUGGAUUAUAAUGCUCGUUUAACCGAUCUCACGAUCCAGGGAAGUUACACGGAGCGUUACAAACUUAGCAAUAUUUAUCCGUCUUCGGUGUCUAUCGAGUUGUCUACCUUUAAAAAUGUACAAAACCUGACAAUUGACCAAUACCCGGUCGACAAGAUUUACCAUAUGGGAAAUCUUCGGGACACGGUAAUCACGUUAAAAGUCACCAACGCGAAGCUCAGGAAUAUCGUGGAGAUGGCCAUGUGCGAGGAGGUUCACAAAAACAUUGAGAACGCCAACGAUUCUCACGUGUGGAUGAAAGUGACGCACUUGGAUCUCAGCGACAAUCGCAUCGAAGUCAUAGACGAGGCGAUUAAACUAUGGCCGCAAUUAGAAUGCCUGACGCUGAACAACAAUCUCUUGUCCGAGAUAUCCAACGCGACGCUAUUGCCGCGAUUGUCCCAACUGUACCUGGCGUCGAACAACUUCACCAGUCUGCCGGACGACCUUCACACGCGACUCGGAUACAUCGUUUACAUCGACCUGUCGCAAAACAAACUCACAUCGCUCGCCAGCUUCUCGAAGAUGUACUCGCUGGAGGGAUUGGACGUGAGCUGUAAUCGUAUUGAGAAGAUCGAGGAGGUAGAACACAUCGGUCACCUACCCUGUCUGGAAAACCUGAGGCUAACGGGCAACCCGGUGUCGACGAUAGUCGACUAUAGAAUCAAAGUACUGGUGCCGUUUGGUAAGAGAGCCGCAGACAUAUGCUUGGACAAUGAAAAGCCGAAUCAAAGGGAACUCGAUACCGUGUCGGUUCAUCAAGCCUUACGCAUCGCGCGAGAGGGUAAAUCGCCGUCGUUUACCGCAUCCGGCGCACCGCUGUUCUCCGCCGAGACUCCGAAUGUAUAAAAAUUUUUAUCGUUUUCUCUUUUAUCGCGCCAACCCGUGUUACACUUAAAAAAUAUUUAAAUUCGAAAACAAAAAAAUGUUUAUUAAAAUGUUUUAAUAUGAUAUAUGUAGAUUUUAUAUUAAGAGACUGAUCUUUUCUUCUUUGAGAAAAAUUAUUGUUUCUGGUCUCUAUUGUACAUUUGAUAGUUUUAUUGAUACGAUACGUAAGCAAAUAAGAAUAUACUUUUUAUUUUUAUCGUGAUUCUUCAAAGAGCGUAAUGCUAAAAUGAAACAAUACGUUUUAUGAAGUUUUCGUGUUAUAACCUCAAGUAUAAAUCUAAGAUAAAACAUCUUUUUUACAAGCAAAUAAAAUUGUACACAAUCCAUGACAAAAAUAUACAAACAGGAUGUGUUUCGUGAAAUCAAUUUGCAAAAAUUUUCGUUAUUUUAUACAUAUCGUGCAUAGAUUGUUUAUCGAUCUCGUACAUAGAUUUUUCAUCGAUCAUCUACAACAAUGAAUUAAUCUAUGCAUCUAUUGUAUUUUAUAUAUGAAUAAUUAUUUGAUCACUACUCAUAAUAUGAUUUUAUCGGUAUUUUUUUAGAAUUAGUGUGAUUUAGUCAUAAAUUACAUAAUAUUAUUUAUUCAGAGAUGAAUGUUUAAUCUUUUCAAUAAAAAAAAAACUUGUGUAACAAUUUUAUAACAAUUCAAUGUUAAAGAUUUAUUUAUGUAUACAAAUAUUUUGUUAAUAAAGACAAAGUGAUAAUAUAUCUUGUUGUCAAUAUCGUGUUGAGAAAUUAUAUUUUACGUACCAAAUUGCUUUUAUAUUUAAAAUCGUAUUCAACUUUGAACAAUAUUACCUAGAGUAUUUAUCAGGAAAGGUAUAAUUGUUCACUUAUUAUUUUUUAUCGUUAAGAAAAUAUAAAUUCGUUAUUAUUAGAUUUAUCAUAGAUUUUUAUUUAAAUUUGCGUUCGCAUUACCUUUAAAUAUUACGCUUGUCAUAUGUUUCGAGUGUACAUGUGUGUAUGUGUCGUGUUGUGUGUAUUUGUUAAAUGUGUGUUGCGCAUAUUUCGGAAAUAUUAAAAUAUUCAUAAAUAAUAUCAAUAUAAUGAUCAUAUAUUCUAAGCAUUGUGUUAUAGUCUUUUUAUACGUACACCUAAACUAACACAUACAUAAGUUAGCCGUUGCAAACGGCCGUUUUUUUUCCAUUGAUUUAUGAGCUUCAAUUCGUUGAUACGCAAGUGCACAAGUAAGCAAUGCAGCUCACAGCUUCUCAAAAAAAAAAAAAA